AUGAGUGACGAUUCCAACGGGGCGCCAACGCCUGGCUCCCCCGAACAAUAUGCCAUUGGAAUCUCCUUUGGCAAUUCUUACAGUUCAAUAGCCCACAUUUCUCGUGAAGGCAAAGUCGAAGUCAUUGCCAAUGAGGAGGGCGACCGACAAAUUCCUUCCAUCCUCUCCUACAUUGACGGCGAAGAGUUCCACGGGACCCAGGCCAAGUCGCAGUUGGUUCGAAACAGCAAAAACACUGUUGCAUACUUCAGAGAUUACAUUGGCAAAGAAUACAAGUCGAUAGACCCCACCCCUUGUCACGCAUCAGCACAUCCGAUCGAAGACAAGGGUGUCAUUGCAUUCUCUGUUCAGGAUACCGAAAGCGAAACACCCAACAAUGUCACGGUGCCAGAAUUCGCAACCCGUCAUUUACGCAGACUGAAGAACUCGGCGACGGACUUCUCUGGAAAGGCUGUGACUGCUGCCGUGGUCGCCGUCCCAACCGACACCAACGAAGAACAAAAGUCAGCCAUUGCAAAGGCUGCCGCAAACACCCAAGUCGAGAUAUUACAGUACAUCCCAGAACCCAUUGCAGCCUUGUUGGCAUAUGACUCUCGCUCCACAGAGCCUGCUGCUGACAAGGUAGUCCUUGUCGCUGACUUUGGCGGAAACCGAUCUGACGCCGCAGUAAUUGCAUCCAGAGGUGGCAUGUACAGUAUUCUGGCUACCGCUCACGACUACGAGUUGGGGGGGACACUACUAGACCAGGUCUUGGUUGAUCAUUUUGCGAAAGAGUUUGAAAAGAAACAUAAGUCUGACCCUCGGAAGAAUGAAAGAAGUUUGGCCAAACUGAAGCUGGAGGCUGAGUCUGUAAAGAAAGCCCUCAGCCAGAGCAACAGCGCCACCUUCAGUGUUGAAAGUCUCGCAGAUGGUGUCGAUUUCAGAUCCACCAUCAACAGGAGUCGUUACGAGAUCCUAGCGCUCAAGGUCUUUGGCAGAUUUACUCGCCUCGUCGAGGAAGUCAUCAAGAAGGCCGAGCUGGACGUCCUUGACAUCGACGAGGUCAUACUCUCUGGAGGGACUUCUCACACACCCAAAAUCGCCAAGAACAUCGAGGGUAUAUUCCCUGAAUCUACACAAGUACUGGCACCUGCCACGACACCUACCUCGCUGAACCCCUCAGAACUGUCGGCUCGAGGCGCCGCUCUACAAGCCUCGCUGAUUCAGGAGUUCGAAAAGGAGGACAUUGAACAAUCCACACACGAGAUGGUUACUGUCACACCCCAUAUCACCAAGGCCAUUGGAUAUCAAUACACUGGUCAGACCGUAGACUCGUUCACGGUCAUUGUCCCCCCUGACACAGCAGCACCCGCACGGAGAACAACCGUCAUCAGCGGGCUAGAAGGCGAUGUCCUCAUCCGCAUCAGCGACGCGGAGCGAGACAUCAAAGUGACGAAACCAGCACCAACGCCAAAGCCCGAAACCAACGGUGCCAAAGCAAGUGACGACGAAGACGACGAUGAUGAAGACGACGAGGACGACGAACCCGAAGAGAUCCGGGAGAAGGUGUGGAAGGUCAAGACAGCGCUGGCCGAGUUCGUGUUCAAGGGCCUCAAGAAGGGCUCCAAGGUCGAAGUCACCGCCAACAUCGAUGCCGACCUCGCAUUGAACCUGUCGGCUCGACAGCUCGGCGGGAAAGGCGGCGUGAGAGGCGAACUCAAGGCCCCCGAAGUGUCGCAGAAUGGAAGUGCUUAG